AUGUUGGCUCUUGUCGUUGCUCUCUGUGCACUAUGGCUUCAAACUGUCUUUGUCGCUGCUCAAGACAGCUGUCCUGCGGUCACCCAGCAUCUCAGCGACCCGCCCUACGAGAACUUCUUCUACUCGGAUUGCAACAGUGACACCCAAGUCGUCGUCACCAGUCCUCUCCCGGAGUCCAAUCUCUCCAUAAUUGGCCCAAGGCUGGUUGUCGCCUGGCCUGCGGGAAACAGUGGCAUCUGUACCUUUUUUCAACCCUCCAAUGGUCGAAAUGGCUCAUUGUCCAUGACACUCGUCAACUCCACCCUCGGAAAUCCCCUCUCCCCUGUGUUCCGAAAUGCGUCGAAUAGUUCAGAUUACCCCGUGGUUGGUGUUGAAGGCGUGUUGCUCUUCAACAGCUCCGCCACUCUCACCAUUCCAAUUCUGGGGAGCAUCAGAACAAUUCGAGAUUUCACAGAGGGGCCAAGCCUUCUACAAGAUGUCAUACAAGAUGCCAUUAACCUGACAAGAUACGAGAGAACGGGCGCCUCGUAUUCAAGACUCUGGCUUGACAAUGUCACCACCUCCACCUUCACCAUUGUCCCUUUCGGUAAUACCCAAACAAAUAUCUCCAUCGAUGCGGAAAAUAAAACCAUCGAUUUCGGGGCUGGUUUCUAUUCCUUUUCCGCCAGCUUCAACUAUCCCCAAUUGACUCAGUUAUCGCCAGACGAGGUCUUGAAUGAAGCAUCCGCAAGUCUUAUUGACCAGCAACCUGACCAAACAACAUCUUUGUCAUUCUUAUCAUAUUCUGAAAAACUUCUGGCCGGAGCAUGGAGGUUCCUUACAUACUUUGGUCGAGACAGCAUGAUCAGUGCCUUGCUUUUGGAGCCUGUUCUUAGCCAGGGAAAUGGCUCUGCAACUGAAGCCGUCAUUGGGGCUGUCCUUGAACGCAUCAAUCGCACCGACGGCUCCGUGUGCCAUGAGGAAACUAUUGGAGACUAUGCUACAUUUCUCAAUCGAGAGGAAAACAUUACCAGCACAGAUCCUGGGUUCACGUAUCCAAUGAUCGAUACGGAUUUCUUCCUUCCCAUCUUGAUGCAGCAAUACUUCAAUCACAGUCCUGACCGAAUCGAGCCUCUCAUGAGCCGGGAUGCUGGAACCUUUGACCCUGAUAACGACGGGCUGACAUACGGCAACUUGACGCUGAUAAAUGCCGAGAAAAUAAUGAACAUUACAGCCCCCUUUGCUCGCAACCAGACAGAAAAUAAUCUGAUCCAUCUCAAGCCUGACGAGAUCGUUGGCCAGUGGCGAGACUCAACUUAUGGUCUUGGAGGUGGUCGAAUCCCCUUUGAUGUCAACACGGCUUUGGUUCCUGCGGCAUUACGUGCAAUCGCCCUACUCGCCCGCACAGAAGGCGUUUAUGCCAAUGACACCCGAGUCAACACCAGCAACUGGGCAACACUGGCGGACACCAAUGCUCAAAUCUGGGAGGAAGAAACAUUAAGGUUUUUUGAAGUAAACAUCACGGCAGAUGAUGCUCGAGACCGUCUGGACAGCUUCGUCAACUCCUCAACCUUUUACAACGGACCUACUAACGACUCAUCCUUACCGGAAGAUGGCAAUAUCACCACCUACGCAAUUGCUCUCCAAGGAUAUGACGAUCUUGACUCGGUCGACGUUUUGCACAGUGACACAGCAUUUCGACUGUUCUUCCUCAACGCAUCAUCAUCGACGCCCGAGGCAGAAGCCCAAGAAACGCGGUUCAUCAAUGCCACUGCGGAUAGUCUGGUGCGGCCAUUCCCGGCAGGAUUGUUGACCCCGCAGAGCAUGGUGGUGGCCAAUCCAGCACUUUCGGGUUCAGACGUAUUAAUGGAGAACUUCACUAACUCUGCUUACCACGGAACAGUAGUGUGGUCGUUCCAGCUAGCCAUGAUGGCCAAAGGUCUUGAACGGCAGCUCGCGCGGUGCAAUACGACGAGAUAUGUGGUGCCUGACAAUAGCACUCGUACACCCGCCUGGUGUGACGACGAGACCGUGGAGCCUAAUGUCCGUCGAGCCUACAACGCACUGUGGGAUUCAAUUGACGCCAAUGCCGCACAGUUACAAAGCGAAGUCUGGAGCUGGACGUAUGACAAUGACACAGCCACUUACACCACCACUCCGCUCGGCGCCUUACCACCUCCUCCAGGCGUCAGUUCCGGGACCGAAAGUAAUGUUCGUCAACUUUGGAGCCUGACUUUUCUUGCCGUCACCAGAGAUGCCAGUCUCGCGUGAUUGGCGAGGGCAAUUUUGGCUGGCUUUGGAAUGAUGACAGAUAGAUUGGUGGUGGUCUACUGUUUGCGACUCGAGGCCGUAUGUGGCUGGUCACUCUAUAUCUGCAAUCAGUGUAUAUGGGCAAAGUAAUCCAAUAAUACAGUGUUCUCAAUGACGUUAUCAAUCGUGUUGGUCCACUAAUGAUAC